CGGGAGCCGCCGCGAAGCCCCGAUAGCGCCGGGACUCGCCGUCCUCGCACCCACGGAGCCGGACCGGAGCCCCUUGUCCCCAGUAAGGUUUUCUUUUGUGUUUCUUUGUGUGUGGCCUUCUUCGGGUGUCCAGCGGAGCGGAGCUGGGGAAGGGUCUGGAGCACAAGUCUGACAGGAGGGUGGAACAAUGUGGGAGUCCAGCUCUUCUCCCAGAGAACAAGGGACCGAACCAGAGGAAACAGCCUCAAGUUGCAUCAGGGAAGGAUCAGGAUGGCCGACCAGGAGAAGCAGCUGCUGAUUGACUCGAACACGAGCUAUGCCGAUGUGGUGGUAGAUAUUAGGGAAAUGCUUGUUGGAGAGAGCUGCAGAAAGAAGAUGACCUCUUUGAAUCAGAAGAGGCAACGAAGGGACCUUUCCAGAGCAGUGUGUGCGUUGCUGAAUUCAGGAGGAGGAAUAGUGAGGAUGGAGAGUGAGGACAGGAAUUACUGCUUCCAGGAGCAUGGCAUUGGUCUGGACAUCGAGAACAGCCUCCGGGACUGCAUCGGCAGCAACGAGAUUGGCGAGUACUUCACGUGGAUGCAGGAGGGGAGUAACCUGCUGCUUUUUGUUAAAACAUGGAGCUGUGGAGGCCUGGAACAAGGAAGUGCAGAAACCACCAAGCCGCGUCUCUGCAGCCUGAGCACUGGUUUGUUUCAUAGGUCCGGUACUUCCGUUUUCCCUGUCAAAUCAAGAGAAGCUCCUGCAUUCCUGAGGGGGAAGAAAAGCUCUGCCAAGUGCGGCAAUGCCAAUGGUCUGAGUGCCAAGAGAGCUCGGCUGACUUUUUUCGGUGGAGCAAAUGAGGAGCACGACAUCCAAGAUGCUGCAGGCAGGUUUCUAAAGAGAGACCAAGUGCUGGUUGGGGAGGUCCUGGGUUUCACAGAGACAACUCAUAUUGAAUUUAAGAAAUACGGUACAAUGAAUAUCUUGGAAUACAUGAACAAAACCCUUCCUAAAUAUGUCUCUGCCUUUGCAAACACUGAGGGUGGAUAUUUAUUUUUGGGUGUGGAUGACAAUGGUAAAGUCACCGGAACCCACAUUAACAUGGAGAAAGAAGCCUUAGAACAAAAAGUGGCUGAGAUCAUCCGCUCAAUGUCUGUCUAUCACUCCUGUGGCUCUGGGGCUCUGGGAGUGCGGUUCCAGACACACAUCCUGGAUGUUUAUGACCAAGCAGGAUGUUCCCAGGGCUACAUCUGCGCUGUGCACAUUGAACGGUCCUGCUGCCCUGUGUUCCAUGGUGACCCCGAAUCCUGGAUGGUGAUGGAUGGCAAGAUUGAAAGACUGAGAGCUGGGAAAUGGAUGGAGCUCAUGACAGCUGCAGACCCAGAUGUGUCAGCUUUGGCUAAUGAAUUUAGGACUGAGCUCAGCUUGGCAAAUGGCCCCCCUCUGAUCAAGCCAGUUUAUUCCAGCGCUCGUCUCCAGUGUGCAGCUGAACUCCAAGAACAUCUCUACCCAGUGGGUUCCAAUGAAAUCAAAUGGAAACCAGAAACCAUCUGCACUGACCUGUUCUCAGAGUACCCUGGAUUAGAGGAUUUAAUGAGAAAACAACUCCAUGGAGUUACCACAGGAAUACUGAUAUUUUCAAGGAGUUGGGCUACUGACAUUGGCUUGAAGAAAAACCCGGAUGUUGUGUGUGAUGCUCUUUUAGUAGCUGACAAUGAGUAUCCAGUGUUGUUUACUGUGGUCAGGGAUGCCUCUUGUGUCACGUCUGGAACCUGGAGAGAAACUGCUCGUGCCUUAAAGCAAAAACUAGUCAAUGAUGGGGGAUAUACUUCAAGAGUGUGUGUGAUUCCCCAGAUCCUGCAGCUCAAUGGCACAAAGGACCAGAGAGAAGUUGCAGAGAAUGAUGUUCCCCGGCAAGAAACCCUGCAUAAUUCCACCAGCCCUUACCCAAAGAGUUACAUCCUCACCUCCAGGGACAUCCCUGCCUUCCUGGGGGCACUUGUGAUUGUUGUGCUGGGCUUUAAGUCCUACUUAAGUGACCAUCUUGGCUGUGAGAUUUUCAACCUUCUGACUCUCAAACAGUAUGAGCUGCUCUCCAAGAACCUGCACAAAGUCAGGAAGCUGUUUGUCCUUGGUCUUCCUGGCACAGGGAAAACAAUUGUGGCUUUGAAGAUCAUUGAGAAAAUAAAAAACACUUUUCACUGUUCUGCGGAGGAGAUACUUUAUAUUUGUGAAAAUCAACCCUUGAGGGACUUUGUGAGAAAUAAAGGUUGCCAUGCAGUGACACGUGCUACCUUCCUGAAGAAGGACUUCCCACACGUGAAACACAUUGUGGUUGAUGAAGCUCAGAAUUUUCGUCGUGAUGAAGGAGAUUGGUACCAACGUGCCCGGUCAAUAGUCAAGAGAAGUGGUGGCAUUUUCUGGGUCUUUGUGGAUUUCUUCCAGACCACUUACCCACGUGGCUGUGGUCUUGACAUUUCAAAAAUGUAUCCUCAGGAAUGGCUGACCAAAAUGGUCCGGAACGCCGAGGAAAUAUGCCAUGCCAUGUUAAAUCUAAUGAGGGAAAUCCUCCAAACACGUAGCAUAGAUAUGCCCCGUGAAGGGCUAGAAAAGUUGUUGGAACAGGCUGAAUGUGCCCAUUCUUUUCCAGGUUCCUUUGAAAGACAAUAUAUAACAUCAGAUGAAUUGGCAAAGUGUGUGGCCGAGCUCUGCAAGAGCUACCUCGAGCAAGGCUAUUCCCUCAGAGAUAUCGCCAUCCUGUGCAGCACACAGCUUGCAGCCGAGGAGUUCAGACAGGAACUGCAACCUGAGCUAGAAAGACAACUCAGGAAGCACAGGGUGAGGAGGGUCUUGGGGUUAGCAGCGGAUAUUUCAGAAAACGUCAUUGUUCUUGACAGCAUCCGACGCUUCUCAGGCCUAGAAAGGACGAUUGUCUUUGUCAUCCACCCUUACACUCCACAAGAGCAGCUGUUUGACAAUCUUGUGCUCUGCGCAGUGUCCAGAGCCAACACCAAAGUCCAUUUGCUUUAUCAGGAGGAAAUGUAUUUUUAAGAGGCCCAUAUUCAGAGGACAGUUCCUAUGGCCCUAUCACUCAUUUGGUGUGAUACCGAUGACAUCAGAGCAGCCCUACUGAAACACAGUAUCACAGUCAGCAACUGCAAUGGGUCACCAAGAUUUCCUCAUUCUAACAGGAGUCUUGAAGGGUUCAAGUCCACCAGCUGCUGCAAUAGAGUGUUUUGUUGACAGCCCAGUUCUUACUGUCAUGACAAAUGUGACAUCAGCAGUGUGGCUCUUCAAACUCUGAUUGUCCAAACCUUGUGGAGAGUCUACCACCUGAUUAUGCCUUUUCUUCCUGUCUCAGCUUCCAACUGUUGCUGCAGCUUUGCCAAUGUCUGUCUGUAAUGUGGUGUCUAUAAUUGCUUAUUACUCUGAUAUUAGAUUUUCUACAGCUGGAUAAAUAGUGACAUAAUAAUUUCAGAUUUGCCCAGAAUAAAAAUAAACAAAAAAAAAAAUCGAUGGAGGCUUUUGUACCAUUUUCACAGCUUUCUGCUUUUCCAUAAUAAAAGGCUUUUCCUGACUUUGUCUCGCAUUUAUGUGGCCAGAGUUCCAGAUCAGAAAAUGGGAGGGCCUUG